GAUGGGCACCGUGAAGGUUGUCUCCAUGUCAAUCAGCGUAUUUAGCGGGUGUGGUGGUUCAUGUUGACAGAACGAUAUUCGUCCCCCUUGGAACUACGUUACCCAGAGUCCCUCGCUUUCACGUCGUAAACCGACGUAGAGGUCGAAACAAAACCGGCUAGAGAAAGUCAGACAACGCGUGUGGUGUAGACACUGAGCCUCUGAUGGCUGGUCGACUCCUCAAAGUCUCCUCUCUGGCUACUGUGGCAUUUGCCUCGUCUGGGUUUUAUCUGCAUAGCAGACAGCUGGACCUCAAUGACCUCAGUAUCAUCCGCUUUGGACGAGCCGCUGCCACUACGGUGGUUAUCAGCUACGACUAUCUGACUGCUUUCCAACAUGUGGAACACGGCACAGAGGAAUACUGGGCGCUCAAGUCCAAGGUUCACCGGCGGUCAGCAGAGCGUCUCCUAGAUUUGUGCUGUGCCAAUCGUGGCACUUUCAUCAAGGUGGGCCAGCACCUUGGUGCUCUGGACUACCUGCUGCCUGAGGAGUACACAUCCACGCUGAAGGUGCUUCACAGCCGAGCUCCUCAGAGCAGCAUGGAGCAGAUCCAACAGGUCAUCAGAGAAGACCUCGGUAAAGAGCUGUCCGAGUUAUUUGUCUCCUUUGAGGAGAAGCCUCAGGGUGCAGCCUCCUUAGCUCAGGUCCACAAGGCAGUGCUUCAUGAUGGGAGGACAGUGGCUGUCAAGGUCCAACACCCCAAAGUCCAGAGACAAAGCUCCAAGGACAUAGUGGUGAUGGAGGUAUUGUUGAGGGCAGUCCAUAAGGUCUUCCCUGACUUUGCCUUCAUGUGGUUGGUGGAAGAGGCCAAGAAGAACAUGCCACUGGAGCUGGACUUCCUUAAUGAGGGACACAAUGCAGAGAGGGUGGCCAGAAUGCUGGCCCACUACCCCUUCCUCAAGGUUCCCAUGAUCCACUGGGAUCUGUCAACAAAGAGGAUCCUGACCAUGGACUUUGCUGAGGGCGGCCAGGUCAAUGACAAAGACUACAUGAAGAAACACGGCAUCAACGUCAAUGAGAUCUCAGAGAGCCUGGGUAAGAUGUACAGUGAGAUGAUCUUCGUCCACGGCUUUGUUCACUGUGACCCGCAUCCAGGCAACGUGUUGGUCCGAAGGUGUCCCCAGAACAAGAAGACAGAGAUUGUCCUGCUUGAUCACGGCCUUUAUCAGAUCCUGAAACCAGACUUCAGGUUGGACUACUGUCGGCUGUGGCAGGCUCUGAUUAACAGCGACAUGUCCAAGGUGGAGCGUUACAGCCGCAGACUGGGAGCCGGAGAUCUGUAUCCGCUUUUUGCCUGCGUCCUUACUGCUCGCUCUUGGACCGCAGUCAAUGCUGGCAUCAGCUCUGUGCCUGUCACAAACUCUGAGGAUGUUGAGAUUCGGACCAACGCAGCUCUGUACCUGCCCCAGAUCAGCGAGCUCUUGAAUCGAGUGCCCCGUCAGAUGCUGUUGCUGCUGAAGACCAAUGACCUGCUGAGGGGCAUUGAGACCACCUUACAGACCAGAGCCUCCUCCUCAUCCUUCAUCAACAUGUCCCGCUGCUGUAUACGUGCCUUGGCCAGGCACAAGAAGAGUAAGGCUCAGUCCAGCAGGAGGCGUUUGCAGAUAAAGUUGGCUGAAUCUCUCAGCCUUGGGAAACUCACUCUCUAUGAACUGUUUCUGUGGGUGAAGAGCUUCAUGUCAGUACACUGGCUCACUACUCUGCUGCCAUUUCUGCACUGACACACAUGGACUUCAGACUGGAACAUCAGCAACUCAUCGCAAAAGAUGACAACUGGCUGAUUUGUAAAACAUUGUCUGAUAAAUCCAUUUAAAUCUGUGCCCAUACACACACACACACGGCCAAUACACGCUGAGGUUUUUUAACACCAGGACUGUCAAGAUCACAACUUUUACAACAUGGGCUGAUGUCGUUUUUCUCAUGAUUAUAUCAUAAUUAUGUUUCUUUUAUUUAAGAUAAGUCAAUUUUUGUUUUAUUUGUUUUACUCUUAUUUAAGUUCAGAACAUACUGUCAGAUAAUUAUUUCUCUCUUAAAUUUAUCUUAUGUACAUUAUUUAUUGUGCAUGAGUUCAAAAUAAGCCAUAAAUGGUGCUCGAAGAAAUAAUGUGUGUGUGGAUUAACUGCAGUUUGUCAAGUAUUAAGUUAAGUAAGUUCCAGCACAUUACUGAAGCCACCGACUCGUUCCUGACUCCAGCUCCAUACACUGACAUGAAAUUAUCAUCCAUCUCAUUUCAGUUUCAGAAAAAAAACAGUUCCCCACGUUUUCACUUUAAUUCUUAGAAAAUAUAAUAUAUAUACGAAUGUUCCCUCUGGAAGAAGCUGGACCACUGAUUCAUCCACACUCCUUAACUAAAUACCUCAGAAUCCAGUUUGUGUCAAGUUGCAUCUUUUUUAGGUGUAAUAACACCCUUGUUACUGUCAUUAUAUUAUAACGGGUUAUGUUUACUGUUUCAUUGUUACUGAUGUUUCUUGGUUAAAUACUGUACACUCAUUCCACACAAAGCUGUUUUUUCCCCUCCAAAACAUAUUUUGUGGAUGAGCCACUGUGUGUCACAACUGCAGAUGAUCUAUGGACCUACCUGUCGUAUCACGUUUGUCUCGUUCAGGAACAGUGCUGUAAAGUCAGAGUCAUGUCAGAAGGAUUUGCUGCAGGAUCUAAGUUCACUAACUUUGUCACAAUUCUAAGGCUACAUGCAUUGGACUAAGUUUUGUUUUGAAAACAGCGUUUUCUCUGUCAAUCUCUGUCCACACAAGCAUUUUGGAUCCUUAUAAAUUUGUAUCCCCCUCCAUUGUAACACGCCUGAAAAUGAAAAUCACAUGACAUACACUGGGGACGUGCCUGUUGAUGUGCACAGUAAACAUUUGGUUGUUAGUUGCAGUAUUGUUACUCAAAUAGUAGCUCAUCUCAUAUACAUGUAAGCAGUUGUAUCAUUGUAAAAUACAGAAUUUAACUGUACAGCUGUUACAAAGACAACAGGGUCAGCAACGCUUUUUAAUUGAUUAUCUAUGUUGCGUUCAACACUGCUACGUUGCAACCGAAAGGACUCGAUCAGCAAAUGGUUUUGUGUGUCUUCUUCAUAGAUUCCAAACAUUUAUCUUUCUGGCUGUCCAGACUAAAACUUGUGGCUUGUAUAGUCAACUGUACUUGUCACUGAUAAUGCAAUAUGAGUUACAGCGAUAAACUGGUUAUAAUUAUGUAGGGGAUCAAGAAGGGAGCCCCUUCAGAUUUAUGACCAGUGUCAGUUUUAGCAUAUCACCUAGGAUGCUACAAAUGACACCCCCCCUCUUCAAUCAACUUCUUCUUCUCUCUGUAUUAAUUUUUCUCUCCACAUAAGCUGAAUUUGUGUACAAAGAACCAUAGACUGUGUAUAACGAUCAACAACACGAGGGCUUCUUAAACUGAAGCCAAACCUUCUCCAUCACCCCCUGGUGGAUGGCUGCAGUUUAGUCUAAAUUCCCACCUCCUCCCUCCUGGUCCAAAGGAACAGAAACGCUAGACAUAUUCGACAAACAAACAUUGAAAGUGAAAAGAUAAUUUUGAGUGUAUAUUCUGCUAUUCUCCAAAUAUCUAGAAGAGCAGCUCCGGCCACCUGAGACGGUUUCUGUCAUUUUAGGAAGUUCACAUUGAUUUAUGUACCAUGCAGACCCGCAUCCAGGAUAUAUUCACUUAAGAAGUGGAGAUGUGCCAUCCAUCUUUACAUACAGUCACUGCCAAGAACAGAAAGUGCACUUGUUGGAAGAUCUGCUGACAUAUUCAGAGAGUCAGAGGCUGCUCAGAUGAUGUUUUGAAAUUCUGAAAGCAAACUAUACUACAAAUGAAGGAGGGAACAACCUGUUUAUUAUACACACCAGAAUCCUAAAAUACAUAUUGUAGACUUUUUACGAUGUAAGAGGAGAGAAAAAUCCCAAAUACAAAAAAGCAGACAAGCCUGAAAAACUUAGAAGGAAAGGUGCAAAAGACAACUGUGGAAGAGGAGGAGAGGUGGAGAGAACAAAACAGAAAAGUUGGUGAAAAAAAUAAACGUCCAAAUUCUUAAUUCAACUUUCUUUUUAGUCUCCUUUCCAUUUAAUUCCAUAAACCACAGGGAUCAUUAUUGUCAUGUCCUGUUUUGUGUGAAGUUUAUUGAACAUUGAUAAUGUUAGUUCAGACUAUGGGUUUUGUUUUUUUCGAGUUGAAAAUGAUUUUGUUUGUGGGUAAGACCUCUAACCAGUGUUUGAUUUAUUUAUUUAAUUAUUAAAAAUGAUAAUAUGUAAAUUCACCACAAUAAAAUGUCUAAAACAUGUUACAAA